AUGGAUCCCGGCUGUCUCGGUGGUGCCCAGCAACGGGACAAGAGGCAAGGCGCAGAAACUAAUGCACAGGGAGCGACCACGGAGUAUAAGGACGAACUUAACUGCGCGGGUGACCGAGCACGGGAACAGACUGUCCAGAGAGGGAGCGGACUCUCCCUCACUGGAAAAAUUCAGGGACCGUCUGAACGCAAUCCUGUGCCACGUGCUCUGGGAUUACCCUCCUGGAGCAGGGCGGCUGGACCACACGCUCCACCGUGCUCCCUCCAGCCUGUCCCACUCCGUGAGCCGCAGAAGCCGCUCAGCGCCCGCAGCCCCCGCUGCCACCCCGCACCGGCGGAGGCGGCCCCGGCCGCCCGCGCUGCCCUGAGCGCGGCCCAGGCACGGCACACAGCGCACCACGAGAGGCCGCCGCAGGAAGAGGGGCGAGGAUGGGGAGGAAAAGAAGCCCGAGGUUACCUCUCCCGGCGCCGGGCCGGGCUGAGCCGCACCACCGCCGCUGCCCGCCCGCGCCGGCCGCGCCGCGCCCCUUCGCUUCCCUUUCCUUUUCCGGGUACGGCGGCCCGCGGGGGCGGGGCCGCCUCACGUGGGGCCCGAGCGGCCGCGACCGCGACCGGGCUGCCCCGGAGCCUGUCAGGGCCGUCCCGCCGCUCCUGUCCGCGACCUGGGCACGGGGCAGUCAGCAGCAAAGAGGAGCUGGCCCAGAGCCUGUCAGGGCCGUCCCGCCGCUCCUGUCCGCCACCAGGGCCCGGGGCAGUCAGCAGCAAGGAGGAGCUGGCCCGGGAGGAAGGAGGUGACAGCCUUUUCAGCAUGGAAAAAUGGAUUAGGAAGAAGAAGAUGGAAAUGAAAAAGCUUGUGAAAUAAUACCACAUUUAACUGAUGUGAUUGGUGUUGCCCAAAAAUGCCUUGAUUGCUGUGCUGAGUGUGUGCCAGUGCAAAUGCCUCAAGACUUACUAGUUGGGAAUCAGUAAGGAGCUGGCUGUUGGUGCAGUUCCAGUCUCUUAGCAAGGCUUUAUCACAGUGCCUUGUGUGAGCUCAACAUUAUGCACUUAAUGGAGGUGAUGAUAGGGAAGUGGGCCUGAGCAUGAUGCUGGGAAUCACCCUUAAGUGGUCCUUCUAAGCUUCUACCUCUAAAAGUUUCUUGAGAUUUGGAAAGUUUAUUUCCUUGCCUUUUAAAUUUUUAUGGAGAACAUCAGUAUCUUUGAUUAGAGAUAAUAAAUGUUUUAUAAAAUAAAUGAAAACUCUGAAAGUUAAAAAAUUUGGUUUUAGUUUAAACUGCAAAGUUGUUAGCAUAGAAUUUCUGGACAGCUGAAACCUCACACAAAACUCCCAUCUUUUUCUUUAAAAUCUCCAGUACUCCUUAUAUUCUAUUAACAACACUUCACAGUUGUAAAGAAAUCCCUGAAUCAGGAAUUCCUUGUUACUGUUCCAGUAGGGUCCUCCUUUCAGUACUAUGCAGAACAAGAAGUUGUCAAUUGCAUAUUUGAUGUUGUUGUAUUCUAAGUCCUAAAGAUGCCUUUUAAUGUGGCAAUGUCCUUUGUUUUUGUGUGUGUUCUGUGGUGGUUUGCAAAAUCCUUAGAAUUCUGUCUGUAAAAAAAAAAAAUUAAAAAUAUUGGUGUUACUGGUUAUGUCUUCCAAAUGGCUACAGAUUUUCUGAAACCUAUAACUGAGUUUUGGAGGGGAGUUUUGUUUUGUUUUGAUUUGUUUUAAUUAGCAUAAAUACAUGACAUUAAUUUCUUAAGUUAAAAAAAAAAAGAAUAUAUAUAUAUCCUUACGUCAAAUUCUCCACAACCUUCUCCUGUGCUCCUUUCUUUCUUUAGUGACUCAUCCUCAUGUCAGCAAAUUCUUUUCUGAAGACCUCUCUGAAAUAGAGAGGUUUUGUCUGAAGAAAUAAUUAUCUGGAAGUUUCACAGCAAGAGCAUUGGAUCCUUUUGUCUGUGCUUAGCUGCACAGAUGUCUGGGGAAGUGCUAACUGCCAGGGUGGGGCUUUGACUUGUAUCAUACAUUUUCUUACAAAUCAUGGCUAUAGAUAUGACCUGCUUGCAAGUAAUUUCUGAAGAAUAAGCCCUAAAGUGAUGGAAAUAGUAAAGAAUAGAAAUAAAAUAUUAAAGUUAUGCUAUUAUCCCCUGCAGAGGAUCUUUUGCCUUUGGCCUGAUCCAUCAGUUAUUGAAGUCUGUGGAAAAACUCCCUAGGGAUUUGAACAUAUGAUCACAGAUACUUAUAAACCAAAAACUUUGCAGUUUGGGUCUGCUGCAAUUUUUGUGUUCAGUAAUUUUGAUUAUAUCUUGUGUUCUUAAUGCUGAUGGUGCAUGGAAUAUCAGUAUUGAAAAUAAUUUGUAAACUGUUAAGCUGUGCUUGAUAAUGUGAUUACACAGAAAAGCGUCUUGGCAUUAGCUGUAUGUGGGGUUAUCAGAGUCUCGUAGCCAUGAGCACAGAGGAGCAGUGACUUGAGGGGAAACUCCAGUGGCCAAGUCACUGGAUAAACAUGAGGGAAAUGCCCUGCUCUGCAUAUUGGACUGU